AUGUGGCCCCCACAUCUUCCCCGUCCCAGCGCUAGGAUGUCUGAACAAACAAGACUGAAAAAGUUAGCCGCAGGAAAGAGACUCCUGGAAGAAUACCAGCGGAGGAAUGGUCCUGCCGGAUCUGCAGAACCCAAGAGAAAGAAGAAGACUAAAAAAGGAGGUAACCCCAAGACAAAGGCCGCCAGGGACAGUCAUUCAGCUGAGGGUGUGGCCAAAGACCCGGCAGGCCUUGAGCCUCCCCCGCUUCUGGGCACAGUCAGAGCUGCUGGGGUCAAGAGUGACCCGGGUCCCUCCGCCACCGAGGACCUCGAAGGGUGCUACCAACACCUGGUGCUUGCCCUCGAUGCCAACAGAAUACAAAAUGAGCAGCUCUGCAGAGAGAUCGAACAACUGAAGCAGGAAAAUAAAGAGCUGCAGCAGCAGCAGCAGGAGACCGCCUGUGUGCCCGAGGCCCUGGGAGCAGAGCUGGAGCAGUACAAGCUAUCAGUGCAGAUGGUGGCUUCAGAAAAAUCCAGUUUACAAUCUGCCCUGGCCGACAUGCGGCAGGUGGCCGAAGGAAGAGCCCAGGAGCGGGACCAUCUCACCAGCCGCCUGCAGGCUGCAGAGCAGCGCGUGAGGGAGCUGGAGAUGAAGCUGUCCGACAUCUCCACCACAGAGACUGACACCGAGCUCCACAACCUCGAGCUCAUGAAAGCCUUGAAAUGCCUGACGCUGCAGCUCCAGCAGAAGAGCAGAAGCUGUGAAGACCUGGAGGAGGAGAACAUCGAGCUGCGGGACAGGCUGGACGUGCUCCAGACACAGAAGGCCAACAUGGAGCUCCAAAUUCACAAGUUCCAGGAGGCGCUGGUGGAGCACGCAGAGUUGGAAAGACAACUCAAGAGCAUGAGAGAGCUGGCCACCACCUUCAAGCUGGAGAGAGACUCUCUGGAGGAGGACCUGAGGGUGGAGAGCUGUACAGGGAAGGAGAAGGCCCGGCAGCUCUUAGAGGAGGUGGGCAGGCUGAGAGAGGAGAAAGAGCAAGGGGCCAGGCAGGUGUUGGAGCUGGAGGGCGAACUGGUGGAGCUGAGAGAGCAGCUGGCCCAGCUGCAGGACGCCUGGCAGAGGCUGAGCGCUGAGAAGGAGUCGCUCGCUGGCCUCCUGCACGCUGAGCAGCAGGAGAAGAAACAUCUUCAGGAGAAGCUGGAGCAGCGGGAGGAGUCGCUCAAAGAAUGGAAGGAGAUGGCUGAGUUCGAGCACCAAGAGGCCCAAGAGCUGCAGGACCAGUCCCUGGCCCAGCUGCAGGAGCUCAGAGCCACUUGUGAGCAGCUCGAGACCCAGCUGCUGGAGCAGCUGCAGCAGAAGCAGGUGCAGAGCACAAUGGAGGACUGGAAGGUACCUCUAAAGUUCCAGGACACACUGACGUGCCUGGAAUCCACAAGGCAGGAGAAUGCACAGCUGCGGGCCCAGCUGAGCCUCCUGGCUCUCCCUAGAGAAGGCGAAGGAGUGAGCAGAGAGGAAGACAAGGGGGAAGAGGCGGCUCCCCCUGCUGUGACCGUCCCAGAGGACAUAGACAACCCACAUACCAUGUGGGAUUUUUACUGCGUAGCACUAUCCAUCGCUGAAUCUAAGAAGGCUCAGCUCAGCUGUGAGUUGCAGGAGCAGCAGGCCCACUGUGAGGGCCUGGCCCACCUGGUAGCCCAGUGCCAGACAGAGCUGGAGCGCCAGGCCCUCUACCCCAAGAGCUGGCACCACGGCACACCUGGGGAGGGAGAGCAGGACAGCCAGGGGCCCAGGAAGCAGCUGAAGAUUUGCUUCACCUACGACCUGCCCGGCCAGGUGGACCAGCAGAGUCCAGCGGACGACCUCCCCCGUCGCUGCAGCCUGCUGUCAGAAUGCAUCAGUGCCAUGGAGGAGGAGAUGGCGUCCUGUGAAGAGCAGAUGGGCGUCCUGGAUGAGCUGCAGCGCGAGAAGGAAGAGUGCUUCUGCCGGCUGAUGCAGGAGAAGAGGGAGAAGAAGAAGGAGCUGCAGGAGCUGCUGCUGCGCCUGACAGGGCAGGGCACAGAGGGCCAGGACUCGAUGCCGGCCGCUGGCCUCACCCCUGCCGCCGAGGCCCACGCAGACCUGGUAGGGCCCUUGCAGAGGGAAGUUGCAGAGGAGGAGCGGGAGCACUGGUCUGAGAAGGUGCAACCUGAAGACAACACGGAGCCUGCCCCAGGAGAAGCCGGGGCGUCUUGUCCCCCUGACACCCUCACCGCAGAGCAGGUGGUGUUGCUGCAGCCUGGCAUCCAGCAGCACCCAGAGCCUGCAGGCCCGGACAACCAGGGCUCCUUCCCUUUCAUCUAUAGACUGACACAAAUGAUCGGUUUGAGAUAG